AUGUCGGAUGCGCUGCCCGAUUCCUCCACCCACCUUGAACCCCCAAGCAGGACCAUUGAGAGGGAGGACCCUGGAGCAGGGGACAAUUACAGCGACGAGGAACACUUUUCAGAUGCUAGCGAAGGCCAUUCAAACCUACAAACAAAAAGCCCACCGUCUGGUCGUGCUUCCUCUGUCCCACGAACUCGAGUAGAGCGAGUUGACGACAGCGCCCAACACGGUGAAGUGCCCGGCACAGAGGCAUACGAGAAACGGGGACAAGAUGCAGUUCCCGACGAAAUUGAAGUGGUCCCGGAAGGUUCACGCAUCAGGGAUCCUUCUCCGGCGGGGUCGCAACACCGACCCUUGACCCCAGGCGGCUCGCCAAUCCCGCGGACAGUCGUUGAAAAAGUAGAUUUGGAAUCGCCUAGCUAUGGCGAAGUCCCUGGUACCGAAGCAUAUGAAACGCGCCGGGCAGAUGCCGUGCCCGACGUUGUAACAAAGGCCUCCUCCGACUUGGAAAGCGUUCUCCCACCACCAGCGUCGGAUCGGGAAUCCCCAGACUCCAAUGCUUCCAAUGAGUCCAAUCAAUCAAUUCCCGAGACGCGGCUUUCUCGAGUGGACACUAUACCCGCCGAAGAUGAGCUGCCAUCACGACCACGUGCUCAUCAAAGAUCGCCAAGUGAUGCAAUGCCCGAUACAGUGGAAACUAUGUCUGAUGCUCCCCCACCGGAUCACGCAGAGGAAGAGCGUAAUUUUGCAGAGGCAAACGACGAGGAUGGUUUUGGAGACGAUUUUGACGAAUUCGUGGAGGAGCAAGAUGGCAUGGGCGACGACGAUUUCGGUGACUUUGACGAUGCCUUCCAAGAGCCCGAGGUUGUUGAGGACGCCGCUAUAGCUGACAGCACCAUACCUCAACAACCUCAAGUACCUAUAUCAGUCCCCCCUCUCAUCGACUUUGACAACUUCAAAUCCACCUCCGAACUCCUAGCAGCCCUUCAAGGCACUCUCGAUAACCUCCUCCCCGCCGCCCAAGACCUCAGCUCUCUCCCACCAGUGGAACCCAUCCCCGACCCCUCCGCCAUCUUCAGCACAGAGCGCAGUCUCUCCCUAUGGUCGCAGCUAGUAGCACCACCACCCCUCCAACCACAAAACUGGGUCAAAUCCCGUAUCCGUCGCCUCUUCCUCGUCUCCCUCGGCGUUCCCGUGGACCUGGACGAGAUCCUCCCAGCAUCCAAACAGAAGAAGCUCAUCCUCCCAUCCAUCGACCUCGACAACUCGGGAACCACCACCCCAUCCCACAAUCAAGCCCGCAAAGAGGGCGACGAAGCAGCCACGACAGGGCAGGCCCCUACUCGCUCGAAGACCAGCCGACGUGGUGCAGCCCCGCCUCCCGAAUUAGACCUUUCCUCAGUCCGUCGGCUGUGCGCGACCACAGACGCCGCGCUCGGCGGCCUAACGGACGCAGAGCUGACCCAACACGUCUCAGAGUUGGAGCAGGUCACCCUACGCGCCAGUUCGGUAUUGGAGUACUGGCUGAAGCGCCGGGAUGGCCUGGUGAGCGAGAAGGAGGCGUUUGAGGGGGUCAUUGAGAACCUUGUCAGUCAUGUUCGGCGAGUCAGGAAGUGA